AUAAGUUAAUAAAAAUAGAACGGAGAGCGAGUCCCGACCAAUCGUGCCUCUCGGUUCCCAUCGUUUAUGAUAAUGAGCAGGUCCAUAAAUCCGGUUCGUUCGUGAAAGUCAUAAUUGUGUUGGAUGCAGGGUCCUAUACACCGUUACGAAUCUCCUCUACAGAAGAGCGAGAUGAACUCCAAAGCCUCAGUACCGGCAUUUGCCCAUCACUACAACAUUUGGCGGACACAGACCAUCAUGGCAUCUCCUCUGAAGAGUCUGGUCUGUGAUGACGGCAGGUACCAGGAAGCCUUCGAGCUGUUCCUGCAGCGCUCCUCUGAGCACCAGUGCAUGCAGGACUUCAUCCACACGCAGCUGCCAGACAUCCUCACCAGCGUCGGAGAUGGAAAGCCCCACCUGAACGUCAUUGGGGUUGGAAGCGGCGCAGGUCUGAUUGACCUGGAGAUGCUCUCUGAACUCCACCAGAAGCACCCCGCGGCCACCGUGGAGAACGAGGUGGUGGAGCCCAGCAGCCAACAGCUUCACAACUACAAAGUUUUAGUGGGGCAGAAACCAGAGUUGGGCUUCAUUAAAUUCAACUGGAACCAGAUGACUGCGGCUCAGUUUGAGGAGCACUGGAAGCUGAAGAAGAUGACGAAGAAGGCAGACUUCAUCCACAUGGUUCAGAUGCUGUACUAUGUGAAGGAUCCUGGAGCAACCAUCAGCUUCUUCCAGCAUCUGCUCUCUGAAAGGGGAAAGCUGCUCAUCAUUCUGGUGUCUGACCAGAGCGGUUGGGGGACUCUCUGCCGAACUGGCAGGCAUCAGCUGUGCAACACAGAAAUUAGUCAGUGUGUGACCACCGCAGACAUCAAGAGCUAUCUGGAAUCCAAAGGGGUGAGCUACCAGAGCUACGAGCUGCCGUCCCAACUGGACAUCACCGAGUGUUUCACUGAGGGAGACCAGACGGGGGAGCUGCUUCUUGACUUUCUGACAGAAGUGUUGGACUUCAGUAAAACGGCCUCGGCUGAGCUGAAAGCCGGAGUUUUGGAUCUGCUGAGGCACCCAGACUGCAGCGUGGAGUCCCAGGGCCGAGUGAUCUUCAACAACAACCUCGGAGUCUUAGUCAUAGAUCAUCAAAGCUGAAUCUGUACUGACACUGACAUGAAAACUACAUCUGCUGUAGUGUAGUUAUAUGAAAAACUAUCUUUUUUUGACUGAUUUAUUCAUGGAAUUAGAUUUAUUACAUUUUAACUCCUGUUGAACAUUUUAGAAUGCUUGUACAAUUUCCCAGUUUUGAGGUAGAAAAGGUAGAAAAUGUUAAAGUUUGGUGCUGCAGUAGAAUCCUCUCAGAAUAAAGAUCCUCCUUUUCUCCAUCA